UCUGCCCCCCCCCAGGUCCCCCUCUUACUGCUGCUGGUCCUGGUCCCCCCGGGCCGCGGCUGCGUCUUCUCGUUCCAUCCACUGAGCACGACGUUCUCCAUGGCCAUCGACGAGCUGACCCAACAUCUGCUCCACGAUUAUCCCGUCUCGAUGCCGUCAAACCUGGAACCGGACGCCUGGUGUGCCGAGCUGUGGCGGAUCCAUUUCCUGGCGGCGGAGCUGGGGCACAUGGGGGGCGUCGCGGGCACGGCCCUGCAGCCCUUCGUGGCAAAUGUGACCAAGCAGGUCCAAUUCGUCAAGGAAUGCGCCAUCACCGACGCCGUGGGCUGCGUGGGGCGGGAACGCACCAACGUGUCGCGGAUGCUGAGCGCCCUGAACGGCCACCUGGUGGCACUGAGUAGCAAAAUGCUGCGUCAGGCGGGGCCGGUCGACUUCACUAACUGCACCUCUGUCCGCUGCCAGCCAGCAGCCCCGGCUCUGCUGCCCGCGCCGCUCGGGCUCCCGCAGCCCGGCUUCUCCAGCCAGAAGCAGCCGGGGACCCAGGCGUCCGGGGCCGGCUCCUUGCACCAGAACCACCUGCCGGUGCUGCUUCUUCUGGUGCCCAUCCUGGGGUCUCUGGCCUUCGUGUGGCAGCGUCAGAGGAGGCUCCGUGGCCAGGACCCCCGGAGUCACGGUCGGUCCCGCUGCUCUGGAUUCUGCGAUGCGGGCGGCCAGCACUGGUGCAGGCCGGGGCCGCCGGAGCCGGACGCUGCUUUUCACACGCCACUGCCACCAGCCAAGCAGAGGGUGGAAUCGGCCGCGCCUCUCAACGGACUGCAGAGCUGAGCCCGGAGGCCGGCUCCCCACAGGCCGCGGGGCCGGCAUCUGCCCCCAGGAGGCGCUGUGCAGCGCCAACCCAGCCCCACGGCCCCCGCUGUCUGGACCUUGUAUCUGCAGCACCGGGGAAGCCGGAGAUGGAUUUUUCCUUUGUAUUAAGCCGUGUUUCGUCGAGCCGCCUCCAGGGCUGGAGCGGGGACCGGGGUCUGCGGGGACAGAUGGCCCACCAGGAAUAGGCGAAAGACCUCCCCCCCCCCACAACAGGCCCCGAAAUGUCACUGGAAACCAAUGGAUUUGCCUUUGUGCCAAGAUGCAGCUCCUCUGGGGUGGAGCGUGGGGGGCUGGUUAUACAAGGACCCUUUGCCCGGGUGGGACCCGGAUGCCUGAGUUCCCGCCCUGACGCCAGGGGAGGAGCACUGUGGCCAAGUGGGAAUUAUUCAUAAUAUUUUGUAUGAAUAUUG